ACCCUUACUAUUCCAUUUACGGUUUUUAAUUUCAAUUUUCUGUUGUUAAUCGGUGUUUGAGUUCUGGAUAAUUUUGCUCUCAAAUUUCACUCAAUGUUCGCGAACUCAUCUCUCUAUACCGAAGAAACUCCACCAAAAUUCUUCAUGUUAUCUGGUUCAGUUUGCUAGUGAAUGAUUUUAGGCAUUGGUACGUUCUAGCAAUCUAGAAAAUGCUUUCAGGGGUGAAGUUCAUUCCCCGUGACCAGGUGCAAGAUGAGGACUUGGAUUCUAUUUCAAAGGAAAGGAAAAAAUCAGAUAGUAGGAGGAAAAGGAAUAAGAGGAAGAAGGGUAAGAGCUCUCGGUAUAGUUCAGAUGAUGAUGAUGAGCUUGAAAAGAUAAAGAAAGGAUCUAGGAAGAAGAAGUGGUAUUUGUCCGACGAAGAUUCUUACACAACUGAAAGUGAAAGUGAGCAAGAUGAAAAGAAGAGGAGGAAAUCAAAAGUGAAAAGAGACGAUGCUUCGUCAUGUGAUUCUGGUGAAAGGUCAAAAGCCAGAUCAAGAUCAAGGAGUAGUAAAAAAGAAUAUAUGUCUGAGGAUGAGGAAGACUCUUCAUUUUCUACUGAUGAUAGUGAUAGUUUUUCAGGUCGACGAGGGAAGCAGCAAAAGUCAGAUAGAAAAGAUGGGAGUAAGAGGAACAAGAUUAAAGGCAAAGCUACAAGUGUCGAAGGAGAUUCUAUGAGUGAGAGGGAAAUUGCAAGAAAAGAUAUGGGAUUGGAUUGGAUGCUUAGGGCUGAAAGUAUGAGGCCUGCAAUUUCAGAAACAAAAAAGGAAUUGUCAGAGGAGGUUCCAGUUGAGGAGUCAAAGAAGGUGAAUCCCAAGGAAUUGAAUCCAUAUCUCAAGGAUAAUGGAAGUGGUUACCCAGAAGAAAGUGAUGGAGCUAAAGUUGGUGCUGACCAACUUCUAUCUUCUUCACUUGUUGGGGACGGAGGAGCAAGUUGGAGGCUCAAAGCUUUAAAGCGUGCACAAGAGCAAGCAGCUCGAGAAGGAGGAAACAUUCAUGAGAUUAUGGAAGAAAGGUGGGGUUCUCUUGGUGAGUUUACUGCAUCUGUUGCAUCUCAUGCAGCUGCCCCAGCUCGUGCUCAUCUACGUGCAAUAAAAAAUAGACAAAAAGGGAUAACUGAAGAAAAUUUACCAGAUUCUGACAAGCAUGGUCGAAGGGAUUCUAAAAGGGACUACUUAAAGGAUGUUUCUGUUCGAGACCAUAAAAUGAAAACACCUAAAGUUCAAGAUUCUUUAUCUUGGGGAAAGCGAAAGAGCCAACGUGCUGUAGCUGAGGGUGCUGGGGUCAUCUCUGCUGCAGCGUCUAGCCUAAAUAAGUUUGCGAAUGAUGGAAGCUUUAUGCAUGAUUUUGUUAGCAAGACCAAUAAUAAUUCUGAUGGCUCUGUUUUGGAAAGUGUUGAAUUGGAAAAGGUUUCAUCAGAAGCAAACACACCUGUUGAAAGAAGUGAAAUAGUCAAGAAUGAGAUGAGUGCAAACCAGUUGGCGGCUAAGGCUAUGCAACUUCGUUUGAAAGGAAAGCAUCAAGAAGCUGAAAAACUGAUGCAAGAAGCAAAAGUUACUAAUGCAAAGCAGGGAAAUCAAGAUAAUACAAUUAGAUCCAGAACUGGGGGAAGUUCUAGCAGGUAUGCUAUGCAGAAGAUAUCUGCUGAGCAGAAGAAAGGAGAGGAUGAUGCUGAUAUGCAUCUUGCUUACAAAAUAAUGCAGAACAAGCAGUUCAAGGUUUCUACUCAGGCUGAUGAUGAAUAUGACUUUGAAGAUGGUCCAAGCAGGAAGAGUAGAAAGAAGCAAGGAGGUGAUGACCACAAGAUUAAUCAAAAAAAGAUGAAUGCAAAUCGAUUCUUGACUCAGCAAGAGCGCUGCCUCUUUUGUUUAGAGAAUCGAAAUCGGCCCAUGCAUCUUGUUGUUUCAAUUGCAAAUUUCACAUAUCUUAUGUUGCCACAGUGGCAGCCUGUGGUGCCUGGUCAUUGCUGCAUUUUACCCAUUCAGCAUGAAUCAGCUACUAGAACAGUGGAUGAUAAUGUGUGGACAGAAAUUCGAAACUUCAAGAAGUGCCUGAUUAUGAUGUUUGCUAAGCAAGAGAAGGAGGUAGUGUUUCUUGAAACUGUGAUGGGAUUGGCACAACAACGUCGGCACUGUAUGGUUGAGUGCAUUCCUUUACCCCAAGAAAUUGCUAAAGAGGCUCCUUUAUACUUUAAAAAGGCAAUUGAUGAAGCUGAAGAUGAGUGGAGCCAACACAAUGCGAAGAAACUUAUUGAUACAAGUCAAAAGGGAUUGCGCAAUUCAAUUCCCAAGCACUUUCCGUAUUUCCACGUUGAAUUUGGUCUAAACAAGGGUUUUGUCCAUGUUAUUGACGAUGAAAAGCAAUUCAAGAGCAGCCUUGGCUUGAAUGUAAUAAGAGGCAUGUUACAUUUGGCAGAGGAGGACAUGUAUAGGCGUCGACGGUAUGAGGCAGUGGAGGUACAAAAGCAAGCAGUUGCUAGCUUUUCCCAAGAGUGGGAUCAUUUUGAUUGGACAAAACAGCUUCAUGGAACAUCUUAACGGCACAUUUUACAGAUUAGACCACUUUGACUUCUCGUGAAUUAUGUUAAAUAUAGGGUAACCUCGCUCAUGAUCUGUGGCAUACUAUAAGUUAAUAUACGUUCACUGACAAAAAUGAGUUUUGCAUGGUAACACCCUCCUUUCAAUAAAAAAAAAACGAAGUGAAAGAAUGUUUACUCAUUGUUCAUGUAAAAGCGUUCAGCUCACCGAUCAGUUAUUCCACUCGUUACAAGAAUGGGUGGUAGCUUUCAUUUCCAAUCAGGUGCAGAAUAGUUGGCCAAUAAUUUAUGAUAAUAGGUGUGAUUAACAAACAUUGAUUGCGAGCAGUAGAAUAAACUCCCAGGAAGAUAUCCAAUAAGAAUCCCUUUUUUCCUAUUUACUGAAAAAUGAAAUAAUUGCUAUUUACUUGGCAAUAAAAUGCUUGUUUUGAAAUCAAUUAAAUUAUGUUUAAAAGAUUUGGAACUAUAUUCAGACAGUACAACAUUCAUGAAAUGUUUAGAGUAUGCCGCGAUGUUUAUACAGCGCUUCAUUUUCCUUUCUUCUGACCAGAUCGAAGAGUGCUUGCUAUUAAAAGCACUCUUAUCUAACUAAGGAAAAUAAAAUAUGCCUUACUAUGCAACAGAGCUUACUAUACCCUUCACCCCCAAGCUGCCAAUAUUACAAUGAAAUAUGAUUAAAAAAUUCAUUUAAAAUAGAAGAAAAUUGAAUCUAUGGCCACUCAUGUUUUAAUUUUUUUUAUAUCGUAAAAGUAUAUUUUAAUAGCAACAACAGAUGAUAAAUGUCACCAGUUAUGCAUGCUAGUUUCAAACAAUUGCAGCAAUUGAUGUUUAGGCAACAUAUCAAGUACUAAUAUGUUCUAAGCUUCUUCUUUUUUUUAUGCAUGACUUUACUCAGUAAAUGAUAUUAAAUCACACAAGUACAUGAGCUCACUCUCAAAUUAUCACACUAUAAAAUGUCUACUUUGUGGAGCUUAUGUGAACAAAGAUGGUAUUGAUGAAAACACCUAACAGGAAUAUAAGCCUUUCCUACGGGAAGAACAAUAUAACUACCAGUAUCUUGACCGUUACGCAGCUCUUGCAAACGUAUGUGUCAUACGCAAGUUACAACAUAUGAAAUAAUACUGCUAUUUCAGGCAGCCAAGCCUUCAUGCAAAAAAGGAAAUCCUCCUGCAGCAGGCACCGCUUUGUGUCAAGAUAAGAUGGUUCUAAGUUGUAGCCUAAUUCGUCUCUGACCUUGCCAGGAACACAAGUAACUAAUUGACAUCUGGUUUCUUCAAGUUCAAACAAUUAUCUGAUGCUUGCCUAAACAGAUCCUGAACUUGAUUUAAUUCC